AUGCAGACCUAGUACACCUUCUCCUUGGACACUUGUCGUAGCUUAUCCGAGAAAGAAAUUUAAAGAACUCGAGAGGAAGAAGACCCAUCAGUUGAUCAUCUGAAGAAAUUAGAAGACUUUCGAAGAGAAGGUAACAAGGUGAAAUGGGUAGGCCUCCUUGCUGCGAUAAAGAGGGGGUCAAGAAAGGUCCUUGGACUCCUGAAGAAGAUAUCUUGUUAGUCUCUUAUAUUCAAGAACACGGUCCUGCGAAUUGGAGGGCUGUUCCUACCAAUACAGGGUUGCUUAGAUGUAGUAAGAGUUGCAGACUUAGAUGGACUAAUUACCUCAGGCCAGGGAUCAAACGUGGUAACUUUACAGACCAAGAGGAGAAGACGAUAAUCCACCUCCAAGCUCUUUUGGGCAAUAGAUGGGCAGCCAUAGCUUCAUACCUCCCACAGAGAACAGAUAACGACAUUAAAAACUACUGGAACACCCACUUGAAUAAGAAGCUUAAAAAGCUUCAAACAGGACUAGAAGGCCAUCCCAGAGAUGGCCUUUCAGCUUCACAGAAAAUGCCCCGAGGUCAGUGGGAGAAAAGGCUCCAAACUGAUAUCCACUUGGCCAAGCAGGCUCUUCGUGAGGCCCUAUCCCCAGAGAAACCAAGCUACAUGUCUGGAUCGAAGUCGUCUGAUGUAUGGUCUAAUGCAAAUCCGGCUCAAUCAUCAAACUAUGCAUCAAGCACAGAGAACAUAUCCCGGUUGCUCAAAGGCUGGAAGAGAAGUCCCCCAAAGCCAUCUGAAACAAACUCAGUAAUGACUCAAAAUUCCUUAAACAACAUGAGUGGCACAGACUCUGUAUCGAGUGAUCAUGGAACUCCAAGCUGGAAGUCAAAUGACAAGGACCUUAUUCUACCCGGGGCAUUUGAUUCUCUUUUUGGUUUCGAGUCUUUCGAUUCUUCACAUUCUGAUACUUCACAGUCUAUGUCACCUGAGGCAACCCUUUUCCAAGCUGAAAGCAAGCCGGAUUCAUGUGCCCAACUGCCGUUUUCAUUGCUUGAGAAGUGGUUGUUUGAUGAAGGUGCUAGCCAAGGGAAAGAUUUCCUAAAUGAUAUCACAUUAGAUGACAGUGCUAAUCUUUUCUAAAGUGGUUGUUUGGGGAUUUGGAGCUUAGUUUUUUGUUCUAGGUCUUGAACUAAUGAAUAUCCAGUUGCAUGCCUUGGCAGUCUUAGUUUGGUACUCCUUUAGUGCUAGAACAGAAGUGUAAAUUUGACAUUAUCGGGUAAUUAAAUGUUCUUGAUCGAGAAUAAACUUACAGUCUUGUAUCUGUUCUCAGUGAAACGAUUUAUAUUAGGUAAUAA